AAAAACGCACCCGCUCCGAAAAACUUGAAGGAGCUUCAGGCCUGGCUAGGGUUGAUCAAUUAUUAUGCCAAGUUUGUGAGAAAUCUGUCCACCGUGCUGGCACCACUGUACCGGCUGCUCAAAAAGGGGGAGCCCUGGCAGUGGGGACCCGAUCAGAAGAGCGCGUGGCUGGCGGGGAAGAGCCUGCUGCAGUCUACGCAGGUGCUGGCUCAUUUUGACGAGACGGCACCGAUCGUGCUGUCUUGUGAUGCCUCUCCCUACGGGGUUGGGUGUGUCUUGAGCGUGGUUGACAAGCGCCUGGGAGAGAGGCCGGUAGCCUUCUACUCGAAAUCGCUCACAGACACGCAGAAACGAUAUUCACAGACGGACCGGGAAGGAUUGGCGGUGAUUCUGGGGGUCCGCCGCUUUCAUCAUUGGUUGGCAGGUCGGAAAUUUGUUAUCCGGACCGAUCAUAAGCCCCUCCUGGGCAUGCUGGGGGAGAACAAGCCGCUGUCCAUGAUGGCUUCACCGCGAGUGACUCGAUGGGCAAUGCUGUUGUCGGGCUAUCAGUACAAGCUAGAGUAUGUACCAGGAUCGAGACAGGGACAUUGCGAUGGUCUCAGCCGUUUGCCUCUUCCGACAGCUGCUGGAGACUUGCCAGAGCCCGGCGAGACUCUGCACCUGGUGGAGAUGAUGGACGCUUCGCCAGUGACCGCCGCUGUGGUUCGACUGGCGACUGAACGUGACGCCACCCUCAGCAGAGUGCUGCAGUACACCCGAGACGGCUGGCCUGAGGACAGGAGCGGCGAGUCACCGGAGUUAAGUGCAUAUCGCACGAAGCAAGGUGAGCUCAGCAUCCAGAACGGAUGUCUCUUGUGGGGAGCUCGAGUCGUCAUUCCAGUCAAGUUGCGGGAGAGGGUGCUACAGAUGUUGCACGACGGUCAUAUGGGAGAGAGCCAUACCAAGGGGUUUGCCAGAAUGUACGUGUGGUGGCCAAACCUAGAUUUUGACAUAACCCAGAUGGUUAAGGCGUGUGUGACCUGUCAACAAUACCGCCACCAAGCGCCCGUCACGCCACUGAGUCCGUGGUCCCUCCCGUCCCGGCCAUAUGAGCGGGUGCACAUUGACUACUGUGGCCCAGUGGAGGGGAAAAUGCUGCUCAUUGUAGUGGAUGCAUAUACCAAGUGGAUUGACGUACAUGUAACAACUAGGGCAACAACCGAGGUUACUAUGGAGGAGCUGCGGAAAACGUUUGCAUACUGGGGAAUUCCCAAGUUCUUGGUAUCAGACAAUGCUCAGUGUUUCGUGGCACCAGCGUUCCAGUCAUUCUGUACUCAGAAUGGUAUCACACACCUGCGCACUGCGCCGUUGUCUCCAAAAAGCAACGGUCUGGCUGAGCGGGCAGUGCAGACGGUAAAGCAGGGUCUGAGGAAACAGGGGAAUGGAACGCUGCACACCAAGCUGGCAAGGGUGCUGUUCACCUACCGUUCAUCUCCCCACAGCACUACCGGAGUGACGCCAGCAGAGCUAAUGACCGGGCGGCGCAUGAGAACUCGUCUCGACUGUAUGCUUCCCAGUCUGCAGGAUCGUGUUGUCAGCUCGCAGUGGAAGAUGAAGGAGCGGUAUGAUAGACAGGCACAGCGGCGCACCAUACUACCAGGAAUGUCUGUCCUCGUUUCACAGGUGUCGGGACUGGCCGGCGUCGGCAGGACAACACGCUGGCUACCCGGACACUGCAUCAACAUCUCGGGACUCAAGCUCACGGUCCGGCUGGACGACGGACGAGUCCUCCAGCGCCAUCUGGACCAGGUGGUCCCAAAAGCGGUCGCCGGGAACCAGGCCGUCCGACAGCCGACGGACUGGACGGCGGCGCCGCGGCCUCCUCAAACGCCGCUGACGUCGCUGCGGACAACUCCAACGUCGCAGGCGACGCCUUCACCGCCGACGCCCUCACCGCCGACGCCCUCACCGCCGACGCCUUCACCGCCGACUCCCACGCCGCUUCCGCCACCGCCAGCGGAAUGUCCGGAACGGGAGAGGCCUACGUCUCCCUCCCCAGUGGGGCGGCCGGCUCGUGGGUUGGAGGGACGGGGUGAGCUCAACUCGCGAUUGAAGUGUGACGUCCAAUUGUCGCGAGGCGAGAGUGUUGAGUGUCGCGAGCCUGUGUCAGCGCCGCAGGUACCACGCUAUAACCUGAGACCGAGAAAAUAGUUGUUAACUAGGGGGGAGGAAUGUGGUAGAUUGUCACACAGCCUCUUGGCUGGCGUGCCUGGGUGCGCCACUGGCCGCCCUAUCCGUCGUCCCUGAGAGCGGGCUUGCGCUCGCUUGACCUAUAGCCGGGGGCGCUCAGCUGUGCGGUGUGGGUUGAGUCGGGUCAGCUGAUCGAGUGAGAAUACAGU